UGUAGCUUAUUUCUUCAUCUUCUAAUGACACCGUCUCUUAGACUAUUAGAAGAUAAACCUUUCCCAAGUUAUGUGCAAUAUAAAUCUCAAUUCGAUAUCAAUAAAAGACGCGUAUCUGAUAAACUAAUCUUGGAUAUAAAAAUUUAGGAGAAAACGUAAAGUGUUCCGAAGACGUAGUAAAAUGUGUAAGCAAUAUGUUGUUCUAGUAGUAAUUCUAAGUUUUCUUGUAUUAUGUAGUGGGCAAGUGAUUUUUUUUGGAGACUGUGAAGAUGUCAAAACAAUGGAAUACUUUGAGAUUGAAAGAUUUCUAGGCAAAUGGUAUACAAUACAACAUUUUCCAUCAUGGUACGAACAGUACGGACAUUGCGCAUAUAAGCUAGUCCAACAAUGCGGAAGGACAAUUGAGUUGCAGCACAGAUCCAUUCAAAAAGGGAUCGAAUAUGUACUACACAUUAACACCACCUAUGCCCCGGGAGACGAGGCUGUAUUUGAUAUACCAAAAAAUAAUAUAGAUCCUGUCGGUAUUCCCCUAUCAAUAUUAAGGACGGAUUACACAAAUUAUGCUGUUGUGUAUGGAUGCAAACAUAACCAGCUAGUAAACAUUAAAUAUGUUCUGGCGUGGAUACUAUCAAGAAAUACGACGUUGCCUCCUGAAAUACUGGAUAAUGCGUACAAGGAGUUGAAAUUGAUACCCGGGCUCAGCCUCGCAUACAUGGAGACUGUGAAUCAUUCGGAGGAACUCUGCAGUUACCACUGGACGGCGCACGUGCAGGCAAUUUACAAUAACGACACUCAGACCGACCGUAACACAUUAUUCUCUUUUAAAUAAACAAAGGAUUUUAAAAGGCUCAAUUCCUUUAUAUUUAUAUUACCUUCUAUGUGUUAUUCACAGUUUUAAUCGAAAACUCGUACCUACCUAGGUUAUGUACUCUUCCACCUUUUAAUAAUCUAGGUUACAUUCUCGGUCAAACUGGAGAGUUUCUCUACUUGAUCAAAUCAGAAAUGAGGAGAUCCGCAGGAGAACCAGAGUAACCGGCAUAGUGAGCUAAGAGGCUCAAGUGACCUCGUACUGGAAAAGACAGCAUAGGGCAAAACAAACCCCCCCCCCCCCCCCCCAUUAGGUAGGCAGACGAUAUCAAACGAGUCCUGGGAGCCGCUGAGUUCAAUACAACGCAAGACCGUAUGGAAGUCUCUACAAGAUACCUAUGUCAAGCUGUGGGCGUCUAUUAUUAGGUUUAUACUAUAAAGAUGACAACGAUGCA